UUUGUGGGUCACACUAAGAACUUUAAAGAAAUGGCAGCACACAGGAUGUCUCUUCUUAAUGUUGGCAUUAGCUCGGUAUGUGCGUGUUUUAAUCGUGAGCGUGUGUUUUAGUUUAGCUGGAAACUAAACGUGAGCCGUGCUUUUGAUUUGACCUGGAUUUGUUUCGUCUCCUGUGGGAAGAUGCAGGAUAAAGUAGCGAGCUAAUCCCGGGAGAUAAAUAAUCCGAGUUAGUUAAUCCGUUCACACUUUCCCUUCAGCACGGCGUUGAAGUGAGGAGGAGGAGAAGAGGAAGAGGAGGAAGAAGAAGAAGAGGAGGAGGAGUGUGUUGCUCUGAAAUCCGUCGAGAUAAAAAAAAAAAAAAAGAGGAGACAUUUCCGCUUCGCAGACUCGGUGCCCACUUCUCCGACAAAUCGGGAACGCGUCGCUAAUGCAGGCUGGAGUUAUGACGGGCUUCUUAACAUUGUUUUAAGUGGCCAUCCACUGAACUGCAGAUUUUUGCACUUCCGCAUUGGCCUCAGCGCUCAGCCCGGGAUGUUGCCGCUCGUGAGGAACGAACUUUUAAAAAGUCUCUGAAGGAGCAGACACGUGGAAGUGGAAAGCUAGAGGGUCACCUCAGCAGCACCGGGCACCGGCAGCUCUCUCUCACCGGGGCAUGCAACCUCAACCCGGCUGUGCCCCGAGGAAGCGACCGACACGAUGGCAGCCUGCAGAAGAAGGAACCGACCCAAGAUCCUCGUCCUCCUCCUCGGUGUCUCUUUAGUGGGCUACCUCGUUUUCUCCAGACACAACUCCGGAGAGGUGGAAGACACCAAACGCCGAUUGGCCUCCGUGGAGGAGGAGAUGAAGAAGGUGGUGGAGGACCGGGUGUUGGACGAGGAGCUGAAGAAGCCCGUGUACGAGAAGCCUCCGCUGGACAUGAACGCUCCGGGUGAAUUGGGCAGAGCUGUCAAACUGACCCUGAACCAAGAGGAGAAGAGAGAAGAGGAGCAGAGUCUGAAACAUCACCAGAUCAACAUUUAUAUCAGCGACAAAGUGUCACUGCACCGCAGGCUGCCGGAGAUAUGGAACCCACUGUGCAGGGAGCUGAAGUAUGAUUAUCGCAACAUGCCAUCGACCUCGGUGGUGAUCGCCUUCUACAACGAGGCCUGGUCCACCCUGCUGAGGACAGUCCACAGCGUGCUGGAGACGUCCCCCGACAUCCUGCUGAAAGAGGUGGUGCUGGUGGACGACUACAGCGACAAGGCUCACCUGAAGGAGCCAUUGGAAAAGUACAUCUCAGGUUUGAGGAAGGUGCGUCUGAUCCGAGCCACCAAGAGGGAGGGGUUGGUGCGGGCCCGGUUGCUAGGGGCAUCCAUUACCACGGGUGAUGUGCUGACCUACCUGGAUUGCCACUGCGAGUGUCACGUGGGCUGGUUAGAGCCACUGCUCCAAAGGAUCAAAGAGGAGCCGUCGGCUGUGGUGUGUCCGGUUAUUGACGUAAUCGACUGGAACAACUUCCAGUAUCUUGGCAACUCCGGCGAACCUCAGAUUGGAGGGUUUGAUUGGCGGUUGGUCUUCACCUGGCACUCUGUCCCAGAGUCUGAGCAGAAACGUCGUCACUCACCCACUGAUGUCAUCAGGUCUCCAACAAUGGCCGGUGGUCUGUUUGCUGUGAGCAAGAAGUACUUCCAAUACCUGGGAACGUAUGAUACAGGGAUGGAGGUGUGGGGAGGAGAGAACCUGGAGUUUUCCUUCAGGAUUUGGCAGUGUGGGGGAACUCUGGAGGUCCACCCAUGCUCCCAUGUGGGCCACGUGUUCCCUAAGAAGGCCCCGUACCCACGGGGCAAAGCUCUGGCAAACAGUGUGAGAGCUGCUGAGGUCUGGCUGGACGAUUUCAAAGAAAUCUACUACCAUCGAAACCCCCACGCACGGCUGGAGGCUUUUGGAGAUGUGACCGAGCGGCGGAAGCUCAGAGAGAAGCUUGGCUGUAAGAACUUCAGGUGGUAUCUGGAUAACAUUUAUUCCGAUAUUAACAUCCCAGAGGAUCGACCAGGCAUGUUUGGAAUGCUUAAAAACCGCGGCAAGGCCAACUACUGCUUUGACUACAAUCCUGUAGAUGAACACGUCGUGGUGGGCCAGAGAGUCAUCCUGUACUCGUGUCACGGCAUGGGUCAGAACCAGUUCUUUGAAUUGUCCUCAGAUGGCGAGAUCCGCUACAACACCAGGGAGCCUGCUGGAUGUGUCAUGGGUGACAACAUCAGCACCUACCUGACUCUCCAGCGGUGCAGAAAACGAGGCCAACCGCUUCCUGUAGAUCAGAAAUUUGUCCUCCGAGAGGAUGGAAGUCUGCACCACGUGGCGAGCCAGAAGUGUGUGCAGGCGGUAGACAAGACGGACAACGGGACACCGGCCCCCUCGCUGCAGCCCUGCUCAGGCAGCCCCCACCAGCAGUGGUUCUUUGAGGAGAAAAUGUAACGUAACGGCAUCGACCCUGAAUCGAAAGAACAAACGUUGCCAUACAGGGCCAAUAUCCUGAGGAGGGAUAUCGGUGGAGGGAAUUAAUGAACGUGUUCCUCAUAUGUGUGCCUUGCCCUGAAAGGAGGCCAAAGGAGGAAGCGUAUGAUCUUCCUUCAAACAUCAACCUUUGCACAUUUUUCUGCUGGCUGGAUUGAAUUGGUCGAUGGAAAAUUAGAUUAAGUACUUUCCUUCUGAAGCACU